AUGAAUGUACUGGGUAAUGCGUUAAAAUCAGACCCCAAAUUAAUAACCUCAGAGUUAAAUCCUGACAUUAGCCAGGUGAGACAAACACAAUUUGAGUGCCAGUUUGAAUUGGAUUCGAGUGACUUGGAGGAUAUCCCAUUGCGUACGAUGUUCCUGGUGAAAUUCAAAAAGAGGAUAUCGUAA